AUGACAACGCUGCCGUCGCUGCCUGAUCACCAAUUCCGUUUGAAGAUGAAUCGCUUACCGUCAGUAUCCAGCCUCAUGUCUCCGCCAGAGACCAAGCCGCUCGAUAACUUCCCUUCCGUCUACUCUCAUUACAGUGCGUCUCAGGAAGUCAAACUGCCGCCCAUAUCAGACGACAGAAAACGCACUCAGUCGGAGCUGGUUGAUUUGCCAUCGCCACCUGUCACCCCAUAUGCAGGCAAUAAGAAGAGAAAAACGAACCACGAACAGCCCGACACAGACAACAAUGCCGGCCUUUCUCGAGAUCCCGUGCUCUAUCCUCGAAGCGAAUCCUUUACCGAUGCUGCCAAUGAUGAGCCUCUCUUCGGACCUGUUCCGUCUGUCACCGUACUCCUCGACCAGCACAUUGCCACUCAUAUGGCUCGCUUUGAAAAUAAGGUUAAUAAGCCUACUCGUGAGGAGUAUCAUCUUGCCCUAUCGUGUGUCCCAAUAGUAUCAACGCAAUACAACCGGAACCCGUUCGCUUGGGCGAGAAAGGAGCGGGAGACGCUGGAACGGCAGAUGGCGAUGAUGGAUCACGGUCGCGUAGAAUUCCACUCAGCAAAUUUGAAGCGACUUGCACCUGCACCUUCUAAGAGGACUGUCACCGGCCAGGCUCGUGUCGCACGAACACCUCGGCCAAAACGAACUCCCAAGUCCACACCGACACAGCGAGUUUUGGAUGAUUUUAACUCUGGCUUGUCUUCAUCAUUGAAGCCUUCGAAACCUUUGGGGACUAAUAGAGAUGAUAUCGACUAUAAAUCGUUGAAGGAUUACUCCCCACCUAUGCAUACUCUUGGCGGAAACACCAAGGGCCUCAAAGCAGACUGGAAAGGACAGAUGCUUGAUCUUAGUAACGAUCCAGAUCGUCAUUGCCUUGAUCCCGCGGAAAUAAAUCUUGCUGCUACUUUGCGAUUGUCAUGCGCAACAUAUCUUUGCAGCAAGAGGCGUAUCUUCGAGGCUCGUGUUAAGGCUUUGAAUAUCGGAAAGGAAUUCAGAAAGACUGAUGCCCAGCAAGCUUGCAAAAUUGACGUUAACAAAGCAAGCAAGCUGUGGACGGCGUACGACCGGGUCGGUUGGUUUAAACCCGAUCAUUUCACCCAAUUUUUGAAGUAA